UGCGCGGCGGGCCGGCUGCCGGCGGUGGGAGGCAGGCUGCGGGGAGCCGCGGACGGACGGACAGACAGACGCAGGGACGGACGGAGCGAGCCGGCCCGCCGGGGCUCCGCUGCCCGCCGCGGCCGAGCGGGCGCAGAUGGGCGGCGGCGGCAGCGGGGCGGCGGCGGCAGCAGCAGCAGCAGCGGGAGCGGAGCGGCGGAGCGUCCGCUGCUGAGCGCACCCGCGCAGCGCCCCGCGCCAUGCGGAGCACGCCGCUGGCUGGGGGGGAGCCCUGGCCGCGCCUCUGCGCCGCCGAGCUCGGGGGGCUGCGGCGGCUGCGGCGCAAGCAGGGCUGCAAAAGUUUCCGCGUCGAGCUGAAAGUGCUGAGCGGCCGGCGGCCGGGGCUCCGCGCUCCCCCACCGCCGCCGCCCCCCGCCGCCGCCGCCGCCUGGGAGCCGCGCAGCGCCGCGCUCGGCCCCCCCGCCGCCGCCAGCGCCUUCCCCGCCGCCCCGCCGCCGCCGCCGCCCCCCGCCGCCCGCCCGCCGCCGCCGCCGCCGCCCGCCGCCUCCCCGCGCCCGCGGCCGGGCGAGGCGUCCGGCGUCUCGCCGGAGAUCAAAGCCCUGCAGCAGACGCGGCGGCUGUUGGCCAACGCCCGGGAGAGGACCCGCGUCCACACCAUCAGCGCCGCCUUCGAGGCGCUGCGGAAGCAGGUUCCCUGCUAUUCUUAUGGUCAAAAGUUGUCCAAACUGGCCAUCUUGAGAAUAGCCUGUAACUAUAUCCUUUCCCUGGCCAGACUAGCAGACCUGGAUUACAGCGCUGACCACAGUAACAUGAGCUUCUCUGAAUGCGUGGAGCAGUGCACUAGGACCUUACAAGCAGAAGGAAGAUCUAAAAAAAGGAAGCUUCAUCCUCCCCCCGUCCCGGCUCUUCUGGCAGUCGCAGACUCCAGAUGUUCGGAGCGCGAGCUGGGAAGUCCUGCUGGCGCCACUUGGGGCAGAGGGCAGGGGAAAGGCACGCGAGCUGGAACCCGGAGUACUCAGUCACUGCAGGACUUGGCGCAUUCCCCAGCUCGCUGCUGGCACAUUCCCCGGCUCUCUCCUGGCCAUCUGUUCCAAAAAAACACUUUCAGAACCUCAUCAUCACUCAGGAUACAACACUGCGAGCAGCUGUUAGCGAGGCAGAAGGAAAAAAAAAAAAAAACACACACACACACACAUUUUAAAAAAAAAAAAAAAACCCAACCCCAAACCAUGCGAAAGGUCUCUUUGUGAGAGAGGAAACUGGGUUAUGAAUAACAGGCGAGCAGUUGGAGCUCAAUAAAAGUUUUCGGCUGGAAUUUAGUUUCUUGUUUUUGUGCCUGUGUGUGUGGAUGCGCACAGACGCAAGGAAUUAAAAAAUUAAAAAUGUACGCGCGCGCUCUCUCUCUAUAUAUAUAUAUUGCCUGAUAAUUAAAUGAUAUAGAAGCAUAUAUAGAAUGAAAAGCCACUCUAUUUGUUGCAGUCUGCUGCACUAAAAUGGCUCACAUUAUGUAUGUAAUUAUUGCAUUAUAUAAAAUAGUUAUUGUGGUGUUCUGCCAUGCCUUGACGCCGCCUCAUUGCUACUUUGCUAAAAGCAGAGCUCCUGCUGUAGGUAGUAACACUUACUCCCAUUGAAAAAUUCAAAGGAGGGCGUUCUGCAGGCAUAUUUACUUGCAGGAGCGAACAAGUUAAGGUUUUUUAUUAUAAAAGAGAAAUGGUAGUGGCAGGCUUGAUUUGUAUUGCUUUGUAUUGAAACCGUUCGCUUGGAGCAUAUUUUUUCUAUAACACUGUAUCAUGACUCGUGAUUUAUUUAGACAGAGCCCCGAGAUAAAGCCACAGCUCCCACCCCCUGGUUUGCACGGAUGAUCCUGGCUGCCGGAGCUUGCUGUUAUUGAUCAUCUGAUAUUGAUUAUUAUAACACAUUCGGAGCCAGCACAGUAAAAAUCUUGAUGAUCUGCAUGGCAUUUCUUCCUCGCGGCUUCCCGUCCUGUGUGAGGAGGAGGAGGGGGUGGGUCUGAUAAUGAGGUUCGACCUCCCUUCCCCUGCAGUUUGACUUAGCAGAGGUUCCUCUUUAAAAAUAGCUUCAUUUCCCUGCUAGGACUAGCAGGCGAGAGCGGGCAGCCAGCCAGUCUGCUUCCCCACGGCCGCCGGCUCCGCGGGCCCCGGGGAGGAGCUGGACCACAGGAGAGCAGCGACCCGCUCCUGAGCCGUCCGUCCAUCCGUCUGCGGGACAGGGGGAUGGCAGCAUCCCCGGGGAGGCAGCCUGGAUCUGCCUGACCAUGAGUUGUCCCUGCCCCGUGCUAGCUGAAGGAUUAUGCACCUGGGGGCAACAGACCUGCUUAAAAAUAAGGCGGCCGUAGAGGUGGUGAGGCUGCGUAAGUGCCAUGGUGGGUUCCCGCGCUUAUUGCUUGCGUUUGAUAUGUCCCUGCAACCCGAAACAGCAGUUGCAAAUGGGGCAGGGCUGCGAGGCUGAGGGCUCGUGAUGAGUUCAUGAGCAAGUUCACCCAGUGCCGGGCAGGGAGGUGGCGGCAGCAACGUGCAUCCCCGAGGGCACUGCACACCCUGCCUUAGCCCGUCGGGGGGUUGAGCAUCAGUACCCCAAAGAGCAGGGCCGAAAGCUUUCCCUUGCAAAAGGCAUGUGAUGAGGGACCCCAGUGUUGCAUGGCAGCACCCCAAAACCCGCUUUGCUUUGAGGGGUGUUGGAGCAGCCGCAUUGCAUCACGCAAAGGCUGGGGCCAGGGAUUUGCUCCCACAGUGGGAGUCCCAGUGUAGGCUCCGUUCCCUUUGUAGCAAGGGCAUUACCAAGAAUAGGGGGAGAUCCACCCCACAGAUAUCAGGUAACUACAGCAAAAGGAAAAUGUGAGUAGAAGAGACAGGAGAAGCCCUGGAAAAAAGGCUGACUCAAUUCCAGAAGUGCUUUGAUUUAUAGAGAUUGAAAUGCUCCAGGAUGCUGCAAACUCACCAAGGUCAUUGGGCCAGUUGUCAAAUUCAAGAGCCGUGGGAGUUCUGAUAUUAUUAGUUUAAAGCAGACCCUGGUUAAUAAAUCUGUCUUCAGAGCUCCUGGCUGGAGUGGAAAAGGGUGGAGGGGGAAAGAAAAGGAGCCUGUUCCCACCUAACAUAACCCAUGGCCAGCGUUGGGCAAUGCCUGGGGACCGGCCAGGCAGUGCCAGCAGGGUCUGCUGCGCUCCUCCGUUGUGUUGCAGAGGGAUCUCGCCAUUCCCUUCAUUUCCUUUGCCUGGAGGGCACAUCACGAUUGCCCUUACCUGCCCUUGGCUGAUUGGUACAUAUUUCCUCUUGCCCCAGCCAUGACUGAUCUUCCCUGAUGGGGGGACUUAAGAGCAGAGACCUGCUGCUGAAUGAAGCUCCUCUUCCUAAACCCAUCCCACUUCCCAAAACCCACCAAUGCUUUUUAUCAGCAUCGAGCACCCUGAGCUAAAGGGUAGGGUCUCUCUGAAUGAAUGCAGGAGGUGUUAACUGCGAUCUCAGCUCCUAUUUGUUCCGUGCUUUAAAGACCACGGGAGGCACAGGAGAGGGGACCGGGGGCCCUGUGACUCCGGUGGCUUUGACUUAGGGCAGGAAGCUGCUAUUGCCGGGUAAUUUGUUCCUGCAGUGGAAAAGAUUUUGCUUGCUAAAACUGCUGUUCCAGACGGGAACAGGGAGGAUUUGUCUCUCUACUGUCUUUUAAUAUUAAUGAGAGUGGUCAUUGCUUCCCUCCUUUUUUCUUCUCUUACAUUUUCUUUCCAUGUGGGAUGAAUUAAACAACCGACUUUUCUAUUACAGGUUAUUAAUAUAUAUUAUUUAUUGUUGGAAAAUAAUUUUAGGGGGUCCCCAACAGAAGCGUUUGCAAUACACAAGGCUGUUUGUCAUUCUCCCACCUAACCCUCAUUUAUUUAAAAUCCCAAAUCCCAAUUAGGGCCUUGAGUUAGGGCAAUAGUUGCUGCUUUCUCCUGCUCUGAGCAGCACUAGGUAGUGUUUUACAGUCAGCAGAGACACCUCCCUAUUGAUAAUAAUUGCAAUAACGAGCUCUGUUUUCAGAUUUGGCAUGUGCCAGAUGCGAAGAGUUUAUUAUUGCUUAUGUAGGAGAACAACCGAUGUGGGCUGGGACCGAUGGAGUGAUGUUUGUCCAGGGACUUUGUUAUCACUGGGAUGCGCUGGGAUGCAGCCAGCCCACAGCUCUGUCCUGUCCUCCCGCAGAGCUGCACGGCCAAAUGCCUCCACCACCAUAUCCAGAUGUGCUGACCCCAACUCCAGGAGUCUGGGGUCCAGCAGAGACCAGCAUUUCUUGCAUGGAGAAUGACCUGGGUCCUUUCAGUGAAAUACUCUUACUGAGGACAAUCCUGAUGGUCCUGGGGCUAUCCUGUGCUUCACAGGGUCCACACUUUGCAGGAGGGGGUGGCAAGGUAGAUUUUGGGUCCCUCUGCCCCUUAGCCUCAUGUGGAUGCUCAGCUGUGAUGGUGGAUCUCAUUAGGGCAGCUGCCCUAAUGAUAAUUAAAAUAAAUGAUCAUUAAAAUGAAAUAAUAAAAUAAAAUAAAAUAAAUCAAAACAUCAGUAUCUUCGUAAUAUUUUAUACCUCAGUGUUACAAUAUUCAGUAAUGGAAAAGAAGAGGCAGUACAGAAACAAAAUGGAUUGAGGAAAAAAAUGUUUUUCAGGCCAAGCGUUAAGGAGUUUGACCUUUUUAAGACUGUCAGAAAGAUGGCUGAUCUGUCCAGGGAAUUGAUGACUGUGUCCAAAGGACUUUCAGAGGCCGUACUGCACCCUGAAGGGCUCUUAAAUCCACUGGCGAAAAGCAAGAAACGGUGGUUGGAUUCGGUAAAUGUGAUCUCAUUUCCAAGUUUCUAAUUCCUAAGUUACUUAAAGGAGGAUUUAGGAGCCCACGUGAUGAAGGCAGUUUGGACAACACCGAUGUGAUCUCAUGAAAGAGCAGGCCCUGAGGAUUUUACUCUGUUUUGAACUAUGCUAAGGAUUGCUUGUGGGAUAUUCGUGGGGCUUAUUUUAAGGCUAAAGGGGGUUUAGAUGAGGUUUUCCCUGUCUGAAGCUGCUGUGCUUUGGAGCUGUGCAUUUUCCAAUGGACUUGGACAUAACUCUCUGUAGCCAAAUGCAAUUACCCAAGUACAUCUGCCACGGCCGUGACUGGCAGGGAGAUGUGCAGGCACAGGGGACAGGUCGCAGUCCUGCAGGCUGAGAAGCCGUGCACACAGAAAAGUAAAUGCAAUCACUAAAAUACAGAAAUAAACCCCAUACCCUGCACAAAUCCAGCUUGUCCCAACUCCUUUGCUUUCCCUCUCUGAUUCUGACAUCGGCUUCUGAAGCUGAAAAUAGACCCCAAAAGCUGCAGGUCUUGUCAAAAGCAGGUACUUGCCAUCACUUCUAAUAUUUUUUUUUUGCAGCAGGAGCUGGAGCCAGCACCUAAUUCUCUGGUUGCGUUUCUUCCCCAAACCUUCCUCAUCCACUCUUUGUCGGUCCCUCUGCUCUGUGUGGGCUCUGGCCACCAUUGUGGCACCUGCAGGUGGUUGCCCUUGCAAGCCCAACUCUUUGUGGGUUCCUGUGGCCAACAGUUCCUGAAGAUACUCCAGCCAUGUGUCAACGACGGUCGUUCGUGCAAGGAGCCGCCAGGACACCAUGUGUUCACUGUUCUGAUGGUG